AUGGACGGAUACCCAAUUGGAAGCCUGGACCACAACAUCCCGCACAUCGUCCUCGCUGGCUUGACCUCGAACCCCACCAAAGCCCUACCUCUGAACGCCGAACUUCGGGACCAAGCGAUACUACUGCGGUCGGAGCUACCGAGCCUCGAAAGCCCAGAUGCCGAAGCGCUGAGAGAGUAUAUCGUGCGCCAGGAUGGGAGGAAUCACCCAUGGAAUGGAAGGGACAGCGGGAAGCCGUACAAGCUCCGGGUCACCGUAGCUGGCCGGUCGUUCGUCCUCCCUCCCCGCCGAGCCAGGCUACCAGAUGGCUACGAGGCCACCGAUGUGUCUCCUGCGCUGCAUUCCCCCUUCUCGCCCCUGAGUCCUGUGUCGCCUCUCUACCCGGAUGGCCUUAUGGACACGGAAUGGCUGAAGAAGCAUGAAGAGCUAGUCCCCAGCGUCUAUGUGUCUUUCUAUACCCUCACAUCUGAUCCGACGCUCGCUACGCUGCACGACAACCAGCUGAAGACCGAUAUCAACAAUACAAAGGCUGCUCUGAGCAAGUCGGGUUAUAAAACGCGCUUGGCCGUGGUGCUUCUUAGCGAUGGCACAGCAUCGUCUUCCACAGCAGAUCUUGUGCAGGACCGACUUGACAACAUAAGGAGGGGCGUUGGACUGGAUGCCAAGUCGUUCUUCUACCUGUCGCCCGGCGAUAUAUCCAUCGACCUCGAACACACGGCGGACUCUAUGCUUGCGGCGGUGUUUCUGCAGGCCAUCGAGUACUACCGCGAUCUUGGCCGCCAUGCGCGGAAGAAACGCAGCCGUGGGAUUGCCCCCCAGCCCACAGUGCCACCUACAAAUACUUCACAAACGCUUACAGUCCAAGAUUGGAACGUAAGAUACGAUUACAAGACAGGCAUAUUCGCAGAGUUCCGCCAGGAGAUGGAUGCGGCUCUGCGCUCAUAUGACCAAGCGUACGAGGGGCUCUUGAGCCAGGAUGUUAUGGACGUCAUCCCAAGCUGGAGUCCUCGUUGGAACGAAGCGCGUCUACUGGCCGAUAUCAUUGCAAUACGGGGCAUAAGAUGCGUGCUCUGGGGUGGACACACCACUUCUGCGGUACGGAGAUGGCAAAUGCACCGAGACAGGAUAGCCGACUUUGUUGAUCGUCGUGGUCGGGGAACCAACAAUUACGGCUGGGAGGCAUGGGAGUCGAGAUGGGCCAUUGUAAUGGCGAACUUGAUCGAACGGGUAGACUUUCGCAGCUUGGCACCGUCUACAAAGACCCUGUACCUCCAGCCGGAGAAGGCUGCGGCGAUAGACAGGCUGCAACCUUGGGACAUGCUGCAUCACACGGGCUAUUGGUACCGCACUGCUGCAGAGCACCUCGCAGCUCGACGAGCUCUUGCUCGGUCUAUUCCUGAGGAGGAUCGUCGGUCGCCAGAUACCACGCCCGCAUCAACAGUAGCUAGCAAAGCCUUCACAUACGACACCUACAUGUGCCCGGACCCUCAUGAGGAGUUUCCUCUGCAUGGAACAGGCGUCAACCACUCACAACUCAUAAUAGAUCUUUUAAUGGCGGCGACAUCUCAGUUUCAGGCACGGAGGCAGCACCGUAUGUCAGCAGAACUGUCUCUGGAGUGUGCUAAGGAAAUGGUGAACCUGAAGGCGUGGAGCAACAUCGUGGCGUUGCUUCGACCACUGUGGGAAAACAUGUCGUUCAGGGCAGAGGGAUGGUUCAACAUUGCGGAGGACCUCGGCUGGGUGCUCCGAGCUGCAGCGGCUCACACAGGGAAUGGAGAGCUUGUGGUUGCCAUUGACUGGGAGCUGAUGAACAGAAAGUUCACGCGGCGGCCCAAGUGGCACUACGAUAUUACUAGAUCUCUAGAGGGUCUGUCGAUCGAAUCCAAGCCUACAGUGACGAUCAAUGAUGACACCACAUCAUCGUUCAUCUCGGCAGCCUUCAUCUUCCAAGGUGAAGAUGGCAAGGCCGGCGAGACUUGCCAAGCUCAACUAGCGAUCAAGUCUGAUGCCUUCCCUGAUGCAGCUGCAGUAGCCCUCAAGGGGCUGCGAGUUAAUUUCGAAGGCAGCCUCAAGACCAUCACUCUGGACCAUGAAGCCGACUCCAACACGGUCAAGUCAAAGGGCAACGUGUCGCUCUCCGACGUGGCACUGAAAGAGACGUCCCGAGACGGCGAAGAAGGUGAGGAGGGUGCUUCGGUCUUGAGCGGAUCUGCCAAUUUGUCCGUCAAGCCAGGUUCUACUAAUGUAUACGAAAUGGGCAUACCGCUACGCGAGCCCGGCGAGGCCCGCGCAUCAUCGGUUACCUUGAUUCUAGAGACGGACGCUUUCUCUCUAAACUACACGAUUAGUUUCCAAGACUUAGGCGCAGCAGACUUCUGGUUUAGCCCGUCGCUGUUCAGGAAACGGGUCGUGCGGCAGAGUGCCCACGUCAUCCAUGUGCAGCCCAGGCCGCCCAAGAUGGAUAUCAAGCUCGCACAGCCUUUGGGCCAAUUCUACGCCAAUGAGGCUAUGGAGCUGCUUCUAGAUGUGGUCAAUGCAGAGGACGAAGAAGCUGUCGCCAAGUUGGAGGUGCACGUAUUCGGCGAGCAAAUACCCCCUUUCCGCGUCCAGGUGGAGGACCAAGAAACACAGAGCGCAGAAUCAGGCCAGGAAGAGGCCAAGCUUACCGGCAUACCCCUCGGCACUCUUGGAACCUCGCAGUCGACCAAGGUCAAGAUCAGCCUGGACCCCGUACAAGUAACGACGUCCUACGACGUGACGCUGAGGGUCUUCUACCACCUCGUCUCCGACCCGGCGACGCUGAUCAUGCAGAUCCUCCCUGUCCAGCUCAACGUUGUCAACCCUUUCGAAGCAAACUACGACCUCAUCCCCCGCCUCCAUCCCGACCCCUGGCCAAGUCUGUUCGAUCACGAAGGCGUCCAGGACCCCAACGUCAGCGACGACGCCGCCAUCCACCCCCGAGGCAUCUCUCAGAAGUGGUGCCUCGUGUGCCAUUUCGCUUCCUUCGCCACCGAGGACCUGGAGAUCGUCAGUAUGGACGCCGAGGUGAUUGCAUGCCAGAACAACGCACGCUGCACAACGGUAUCCCGGCCAGGAAUCCCCGAGGGCGGUCUUCGCAUGUCCCCGAAGUCGAUGCAGGAGGCACAGUUCGACCUCGUUGCGCAAAAAUACAGCCUCGACGACCGCGGCCCCGCCUCCCUCGACGUGGCGUUCGUCCUCAAAUGGCGCCGGGCAUCGUCGCCUUCCUCUACAGUCAACACGACCACGAUGCUCGUGCCCAGGUACAUCGUACUCGGCACCGAACCCCGCGUGCUCGCGUCGUACACCCUCGCCAACCCCGUCACGGGGCUGGUGAACCUCGACAUCACCAUCGAGAACCCUUCGAGCCAUUUCCUGACAUUCGGCCUCAACAUGGAACCCAGCGAUGAGUUUGCCUUUUCUGGCGCCAAACAAACCACGCUCCAUGUGCUCCCCGUCUCCAGGCGUUCGGUGACAUAUCGUCUCCUGCCCCUCGUCAGGGGAGUUUUUAUCCGGCCGACGCUUGUGGUGAGGGACAAGUACUUCCAAAAGGUGCUGAGAAUCAUCCCGACAGAGGGCAUGAAGAUCGACAAGGACGGGCUGCUGGUGUGGAUUCCGCCGGAAGAAGAAGAAGAAGAAGAUGAUGAUGAUGAAAAGGAUAGCUAG